AUGCACAGGAGGCUUAAUAGCUCUAGGCCUUUGGUGUCCAUAGACCACGAGCUAGAGCGUACUCUAACCCAAUUGAGGAGACAAGCAAGGGAGAGAGGUGAAGACCCACUUCAAGAGGAAGUGAGAAGUUCCCCUACCCCAUCUUCACCCAAUUCAAGCGAGGAGAGUGAAUCACCCACAGGCUCAAAUCCCAACCCAUUUGCCAAUAACCAUAAUCAACAAAGUAUGGGUGAUCAAGGAAACGUGGGUGAUCAAAGGUCACUAAAGCAACUUGGAGCACCCGAACCAUAUACCUCUCAAAGUGGGAUCCUAGCUCCUACUACCCAAGCAAACAAUUUUGAAAUCAAGCCUAACUUCAUCUCCUUGAUAGAAAAGAGGCAAUUCACGGGUGGUAAGUUUGAGAACCCACAUGAGCAUCUCAAAGAAUUUCUCAAGUAUUGUGACACCAUCAAGAUCAACGGAGUAACCCAAGAGUACAUUCGAUUGAAGAUGUUUCCAUUCUCUCUUAUGGGAGUAGCCGAGCAUUGGUUGAAUAAUGACGUGCCUACCGGUUCUCUCACAACAUGGAAUGAGGUUACUACGACAUUUUUGGCAAGGUUGUAUAAUCAUAAGAAGACUGCCGAGGCUCGUUCUAAAAUUCAAAGCUUUCGCCAAAGGGGAGGUGAGUCUCUAUGUGAGGCUUGGGAAAGGUACAAGGAACUCCAAAGACAAUGCCCUCAUCAUGGCAUUCCCAACUACCAAAUUCUUCAAACUUUCUAUGGAGGCCUUUCACCCCAAAGCAAGACAAGUUUAGAUGCCGGGGCCGUUGGCCCUAUUAUGAACAAGAGAGAGGACGAAGUUGAAAGCAUAAUAGAAGAUGUGGUCCGGAAUUAUGAGGAUUGGUAUGAAGGUGAGAGGGAAGCCACUUCAAGCAAAGGAAUGGUGCAAUCCAUCGAGCAAACCAAUGCCAUCACAAAUCUUUCCAACCAAAUGGAAAAGAUGGCGAAACAAAUGGAGGAGCUCAUGAAAUCAAGCACUCAAAAUACUUCCUCUCCUUCUACCAAGAGAGGCCAUGGUAUGAAUCCUUCUACUUCUUCUCCCUCUAAUUACAAUGAUAUGCCUCCCGGUUGUAUGUUUUGUGAUAUAUGUGGAAACUAUGACCAUAAUUCUGAACAAUGCAUGUCCAUUAAUGAAUAUCAAAGCCCUUCCCAAGAAAAUGAUGAUGAUAAUGUUGAAGAUAUUAAUGCUAUGAAUUUUGUCCCCUCUUUCAUCAAGAAUCAAGAGAGCUACAACAAGAGUCAAGAGGAGGAAAAGAAACAAAUUAAGGCACACAUGAAGAUGCUUGAGACCCAAAUCUCCCAAAUUUCCCAACCAAGUUCUUCAUCCUCCCCUUCUUCCUCUUCUUCUUUACCUAGCCAAGGUGUCAACCCCAAAUCUAUGUAUGCCAUUACCACUAGAAGUGGGAAGAUCCUUGAGAGUGAUUUAAAUGUUGAGAAGAGUUCCGAUAAAGGGAUAGGACUUGAGGUUGAGGAUGAGUCAUCAAGAGAGGGUGAGGUUCUAGAAGGAAGUGCCGAAAAGCAUGAGAGGGGUGAGAGAGAAAAAGAGAAGGAACCCGAAAAGGAGAGCACCAAAGAGAAAACACCUUUACCCCUUAAUCUCCAACCUAGGAAUGAGAGGUUGCCUUUUCCCCAAAGAUUUGCUAGGUCUAAGCUUGAUACCCAAUUCGGAAAGUUUUUAGAAGUAGUUAAAGGCUUGCAUGUUUCUAUACCCUUUGUGGAUGCUAUGAAGGAGAUGCCUUACUACUCUAAAUUUCUAAAAGACCUUUUGAAUGGAAAGAGAGGAGUUGAGACCGUUAAUCUAACCGCAAAAUUGUAG